GUUGGCCCGUGUGCUUGGACGAUUUAGCGGAGAAAUUUUCUUACGCUUUUUUUGAGGAAAAACACCGCAAAAGCGGAAAAUUAUGUUAAAAAAUAUCUGUAGUGUGUUAAGUAGUGAAUUGGUUUUGUGUUCUGCGGAAACAUAUGCACGGUUCAGGUUCGAGUAGUAUACAAUCGACGAAUACUUGACAAAGUGGAAAUCUGCGAUCAACCAUUGGGUCGUCGUCGUCGUUUUCAAGUGUUCCCACAACUGCGAAGGAAAAUCCGACGAAGCUUAGACGAGAAGAAAUCUCGAGACUGGUGCCGAAAGGAACGCGUUUCCCUCCAAAAAGUUGAACGGUCAGCCGGACAGGAAUCUGGCCCCGUGGUCGCGAGGCAAAGUGCAAAUUGGGAUCUGGACGAGCAGAAGGUCCUGCUGGCGGCAUAGACGACGCACAGACAUUUGCCCAUUUUGUGUGAUUGGUGUGCGCGCGAACCAGUGAAUUUCGAGUGUGAAGAGGCUUUUGCGGCGGAGACGAACCUUCCGACCGCCCAGCAUCAUACAACCGGCCGUGAACGCCGCAUUUCGAUUUGAUUGAGCUUGCGAGCCGGAAGAGAUUUCAAACGUGGAGUCACCGUAGCCGGAUCACCUGAAAACCCCCAAGAUGCCGAUUUGUACGCGCACUGGCCUGGACAAAAAGGCCGAUCCUGUGGAACAAUUUCAGGACAACGAGAAAGUGUUCUUUUGUGAACUGACCAAGGAAAUCUUCCGAAAUUAUGAGGAUUAUUUUCAACGUGUUAUGCUGUUGAACUCCACAAUAUGGUCUUGCGCCGAAACUGGUAAACAGAAUCUAACCUACAGUGAAGCAUUGAAAAGUGAACGUAGAGCACGAAAAACUGGUGAAAAUGUACCGGAAUUUUUGAAAGGCAUUGCCUUGAUGACUGUUGAAGCACAACAGCAAAGAUCUUUUGUUACUCUCACAAGCAAAGUAUUUAGUUUUAUGAAGGAGCGACUAUUCAAAGGUGAAGAAGUAGUCGCUACUAGGACUAAACACAAUUAUGUUCCAUGUAAAGUUGUGGAAGUAAUUGCACCAAAAGAAGUGCCCGAAGAUGGGGUGUAUGAUCCAAAAACAGUGAAAUAUCAAGUUCAAAGAAUACAAUAUGCAUCUGAAACAUGGGUGAAUACCAUAACACAAGCACACCGACGUAGAAAUGUAAUGACUUUAGAGAUGCUAAAGUCGUUCUUAAAAGAGAAUCUGCAAAUGACCGAUGAAUAUAUUCGCGUGAAACCAGAAGCGUAUGAGAAAUAUGUAACAAGUAAAAAAUUGACAUUCGCAUCAGUCUACGUGGGCAACAUGCCCAAAUGGAAAACGGGAAGAAAAAUUCAAAGAGAUUUGGUACAAGCUUCGAUGGGAAAUUAUGUAGUAAAGGAUGCUGAAAGCUCACAAAAAGAGCUAGAGACCUUGAAAGAGUCAAUGGAGCGAAUGCGUCGCGAAAAGGAAGAAAAGCAUGCCGAAAUUGAGCGGAAACGUGCCGAAAUGAUGGCAAAAAUAGAGGAAGAUUUGAAUUUAAUUCUGCGGAAAACUGACGAUCUUGAGCGAGUUGACCAGAAACCAAUGCCCCGUUACAAGCCAGUGAAAACAUUGGUAGCGUCAAAAUACUUCAGUGAGUUUCUUAUGAUCCAAGAAUUUUUACACUCGUUUGCUCCAAUUCUAUCCGCAUCUGACGUAUUCCGUACAAACAUUUCCUUCCAACAAAUGUGUCGAGCAUUUUUAAUUCGUGAAGUGGCUGGACCACUCAGCGAUAUUUUGCAAGUUUUGCUGAGCACAAUAUUCACACUGCAAAUUGAAGAGAAUAACGAUUGUCCAGUGCGAUAUAUGAAAAGUAGAAGGGAAGGGUUCUUGUGGAAUGCAGCUAACAGUGCUGUGGCUUCCCACAUGUAUGUGAAAAAUUAUUUUUCUUUUGACAUGUUUGAGCUACCUAUCGAUGCGCAGAGUUUAACGGAGAUUCUUCGUCUACAUCUACUUUCGUCUGGCGCUCCAAGCGAUGAGAGAUCAGAAGCAUACCGGUAUCAAUACCGCAAUGGCUACUCGGUCACCGAAGACCCUGGACUCUUACUCCGCGUCCAGUAUCCUCACAUUCUCCGAGCUCUGAAAAUGUAUACAAUCUAUCAGUUACCAUUCAAAGACAUCCUCAAAGUUUUGAACUGCCUGAUUGAGCAAAUUCUAACGUACAACGCAACUAUAACUUGCCUAGAAGAACGUCACGAGAAAUUAGGCAAAGUUCGUUUCAACAUACGUAUGUUGUUAGCUCGCGAGAAUAAACGUGCGCAGAAUGUGCAAAAUAUGAAAAAGACAAUUCAAGCGGAGGCGCUUGCACAGAUCGCUGAACACAAAGAUGAUGCUGAGAAGAAAGCUGAAUUAGAACGAGGAAUGCAGCGAAAAUUGAAAGAAGUAGAGGAGCAGGAUGCUAGGGAGAAGGGAAAUUUCGAAUACGAGCUCAAUCUCAUGAAUGCCGAAUUAUUUGAUUAUUUAACGCUGUUGGGUACGGAUCGGGCUUAUCGCAAUUACUACGUCUUUGAGUCGUUGCCUGGACUGUUCAUUGAACAUCAAAUAGAUGAAGAAGUGCCGUGCAUGGAAAAUCCACCUAAAAAUGAUGACGAAAUGGUAUUAAUUCCGAAAGAAAGACAAAAAUUAAAAUCAUUCCUCCUGAAUCGUUACAAACAAAAUGAUAAGGAAAAUGUUAUCAAGACUAAUGAAAUCUCUGCUUCCACACCGGUUGUGCUAGUGAACGGGGAUGCAAAUAAACUAAAUGGAUCUUUAAAAACAACAAACUUGGUAGGGCAGGAACCAAACACAGCGGUGGAUUUGUAUAUGUGUUCUGGGGACAAGAAAAAUUGCAUAGUACACGAUCCUAAACAUCCAUCUCGAUGCAAAUGGUCUUUUAUUAACACCAAAGAGGAGUUCGAUGCCUUGGUAGAUUCCUUGAAUAACUUCGGUAUCCGAGAAAGCCAGUUGAAAGAAACCUUGAUUAAAAUGAAGAAAAAUAUCCUGCCCCAUAUGGAAAAGUGUCCUAUACAGAUUUUAAGUGUUGAUUUAAUGGAACGUGAACAAAGCAUGUCCCAGAUGCUUACAGAAACACAGAAAAAAUACGCCAAUUCGAAUUUCGGUUUCCCUGAGAAUGCUGACAUAAAUGAAGUAAUGCAUACCACACUUACACAACAAAUCCUCGAAUUUGAAGCCGAAAUCACUGAUGGUAACUUGGGUAAAAUGAAAGUUCCCGAUUUAGAAAAGUGGCGAAGUGACCUUGGCGCAAAUUCGUUUAAUAGUCAAUGUAAAAAGCUAAAAUACGGCCCGGCAGAAACGAAAAAUGGAGAAGAUGCACAUGUUGUUGUGGAUCCUGGCAAUGACUUGGGUGACACACUCGACAUUGAGUCUGAGGAUAGUUCGGAUGAAUGUGUUUCAGUGCAUGAUUCGCCCACUUUACGUCAAAAUGUGACGAAUUUGGCCACGGCCCUUUUGCAAAUUGAACAGUGUAUUGAACAGAAAUUUUUGAAAGAACCAUUCGGACUGCGAAAUGAAUUGAAAGAUCGUCAAGAAAUGGAGGCUAAAUUGGCGCAAGGCAAGGCACGACUACAAGCGUGGGAAGUUUCAUUGAUGAAUUCAACUAGCUAUUCACAGAUUUUCCUUCACUUGAACAUAUUGUCAGAUGCUGUAAAAUGGUUUAAAUCUAGCAUGAAAUCAAGUUGUCUUAUAUGUCGACGAAAGGGCGAUGCUGACAAACUGCUGCUCUGCGAUGAAUGUAAUGCUGGGACACAUAUGUUCUGCAUGAAACCUCCUAUGAAGAAAAUACCCGAGGGCAAUUGGUAUUGUUUCCGUUGUGAACUAAAACUUGGCAUAUCGAAACCAGGAAAACCGAAGAAGAAAGCUCGAAAAAUAUUUUCGAUGGAAGACGAUGAGGAUGAAAAAUGUAAGAAACAGAACGAGUCUGAAUCUGGUAGUGAUUAUGAGAAACCAAACAAAAAGAGACAAAAAAGGAAAGUUAAGGGCAAGACAUUUAGCGAUAGUGAAGAUGAGAAAAACACUUCGACCACCAGUGAUGAAGAGGAUAAUCUACCAUUAAUCACAAACGGGUAUGCGAAAAAAAUUGAACAGAAAAAAAUUGAGGAAAAAACCGUCAAAGAAAACCACGUUGAAAAUGAGGAGAUCACAUCGGAAGAUUCAGACGCGGAUGGAGACGUUUGCAAGACAUGUAAUACCGACGCUACUGAUCUUUCAUGUUGCUCCUGCAAAGAUUGCUAUCAUUUAGAAUGCACCGGACUGCGACGAAUGCCUCGUGGCAACUGGCUAUGCUCCUCCUGCAAAUCUCAAGAAGAUAAAAAGCGAAAAGUUAUCGUCGAUUCAGAAUCAGAAUCAAGCAACGACGAAGAAUAUGAAGAGACGGAAAGCACCCGAGCACCAAAAGCGAAACGGCAGCGCCGAAGCAAAGCGAAAGACAACAAUAUUUCUUCAUCAAACGAUGACGUUAAUAAGAAUAAUAACAAUUCAAGACGAAUACGACGUACCGAUGAAUUCCUGAAAUUGGACACAAUUGCUCUGUACGAUCUUCUCGAUCAAGUUAUGAAACAUGAAGAUGCCUGGCCAUUCUUGCGUCCAGUAUCACAAAGUGAAGUACCUGAUUAUCAUACAAUAAUCAAGAAUCCAAUGGAUUUCGCGAGGAUCAAAUCAAAAUUGAACAUGUGUCGAUAUAGGACGAACGAUGAAGUGAUGAGCGAUAUCCAGUUAGUAUUCCGCAAUUGUGAUACUUAUAAUACCCAAGGAAAUGACAUUUACAGAGCUGGAGCAUCUCUUGAACGGUUUGUCGUGGAGAAGUGCAAGGAGCUAAACUUGAAAUUCAAUCCAAGCGAUAUGAUUUCUGAGGCGGCAUAAAAUGAAUGUUUAUCCAGAAGAACAACAACUAUCGGAAUAUCACCCUGAAUCGUAUAUAUUCUUAAACAUACAUAUAUCUGUUAAGUUCUUGAUUUAUAUAUUUUUUAAGUUUUGUUUACGAAAUAGUUUUGUUUAGGUAGUAAAAUGUAAUUUAUUCACUACAAACUACAUUAAUUUCAGUUAAAUGUUCCGAUCAGCAACGUGAAAAGCUUUAUUGAAUGCUUUGUCAUAAUUUCAUUUUAUUGGACAAAACUGUUUAUUAUAAUUUGUCGGGAGAAAAUUAAGUUUAGCUCAGUUUAAUUUCUUAUUGAACUUGUAUAUUCGCUUGUCAUCUUAUACAUCCAAGUAGAAAGUUUAUUAUCACACAUAAUUACAAUUGGAAACGAAAGACAAAUACAAUUUGGAGAACAAAUUUCACGUGGAAGUUAUGUUUUUUAAUCAAAUUGGAGAAUUUCAUUUGAACAUCCGUUUUCGUAUGCUGCAUUCUCGUUAGGAUUAUGUUUAAAUUGAAGCCAACGUGUAUUUUAAUGCUAAACGUCGAGGAUAACAAAUAAAUUUCCAUUUCAUUAGUUAUUAUUUUUACAUUAAGUUGUUUAGUUUAUUUAUAUGCACAAGAAAUAUUUAGCAAUAAAAUUUAUUUUUAUAUAAAAUC